UAUCCAUUUUUAAGAGAAAAUGCAAAAAAAAUCAUUCUAAAAGAGUGUACGAAUAUUCCAAAGUCCAUCGGAGAAUUCCAUUGGCAUUUGCCAUAAAUGCCCAAAAUGUCAAAUGAACUUCCGGUAGCCACGAUGAUUUCUUUUCUUUCCUGCAUGGCUGAAUGAAAGUCGGCCUCAGAGAUUAUUUUAUCGUAAAAAGGUCUAUUCUCAAUCUGAGCCACGAUGGGAGCAUACAGAUAUGUUCAGGAGCUCUACCGUAAGAAGCAGAGUGACGUGAUGCGUUACUUGCUACGCAUACGGGUUUGGCAGUAUCGGCAAUUGACUAAAUUGCAUCGUGCUCCAAGACCCUCGCGUCCGGACAAAGCUCGUCGCCUGGGGUACCGUGCAAAACAGGGAUACGUUAUCUACCGCAUCCGUGUUCGUCGUGGUGGUAGGAAGCGCCCUGUACCAAAAGGCUGCACCUACGGAAAACCCAAGAGCCAUGGUGUGAACGAGAUGAAACCGUAUCGCAAUCUUCAAUCAAUUGCUGAGGAACGUGUUGGACGUCGAUUGGGAAGUCUUCGCGUGCUUAACUCUUACUGGGUGGCCCAGGAUUCUUCGUACAAGUACUACGAAGUCAUACUGAUUGAUCCUUCCCAAAAUGCCAUUCGAAGGGACCCGAAAAUUAAUUGGAUCGUGAAUCCUGUGCAUAAACAUCGUGAAUUGCGAGGCCUUACAUCUGCUGGCCGUAGUUCCCGUGGUCUUGGCAAGGGAUACAGAUAUGCACAGACAAUUGGAGGAUCUCGAAGGGCUGCUUGGCGCCGCAGAAACCGCAUCCACUUGCACAAGAAGCGAUAAAUUGCUGUAUUGCAAGGUUGUCUCUGCGUAUUUCUACACAGAUUCAAGAAAUUUAAUAAAAAUGAAUCAAGAAAAAAUUGUGGAGG